AUGAUAAUCAAAACUAUUGGUUUGCUCGAUGAUCAUGACAAAGAACUGAACAAGUAUGCGAAGAGGGUUGGAUAUUGGUAUGGAUGUCAUUUUCCCGAGCUUGAUAAGAUCAUCAAAGACAAUAUCCUAUAUAUAUUAGCGGAUAAAGUUGAGGCGAAACUGAAGAAAGCGGCUUUGAAAUCUAAGGGAAAAGAAGCUAGUGACCUCGAGUUAAUGCGUAUCCAGGAACUAUGUGACGAGGUUCUUUCGCUUGCUGAGUACAGAGCUCAGCUUUACGAUAAACUGAAAAGCGGAAUGAACAAAUGUUGCUCCCAAUCUGAUUGCCUUAGUUGGGGAGCUAGUUGGUGCUCGUAUGAUUUCUCGGAGAGAGAACUCAAGAAAAACCAUGCCACGCCCAAGUAUGGUUUCAUUUACCACGCACCUUUGGUUCGUCAAGCAAAACCAAAGCAUAAGGGAAAGAUUGCGCGGUCAUUAACUUCUAAAGCCGCUCUUGCCAUUAGGUGUGAUGCUCUUGGUGAUGGGCAAAAUAACACUAUGGAACUUGUAAACCGUGCUAAGCUUGAAGCGAGGUUGAGAAAUCUUGAAGCAAGAGAUUUAGCUAAAUCCAAAGCUAAAAGAGAUUUAGCUAAAUCCAAGUGUGAGACGGGUUGA